UGGGGGGAUGCAGUACAGGUUAUAUGAUAGGUGAUUCCCUGGUCAACCACUUUAUGUAUGCAGACGACCUAGCUUUACUAUCCCCGAGUACAGGUGGGUUUCAACAGCUGCUUAACAUCUGCACUAAUUAUGGGGUCGAUUUUGAUGUUAAAUAUAAUGCCAAGAAGAGCGUGGUAAUGGUCUGUAGAACUAAGGAGGACAUGGAUAUUAAGUUCCCUGCCUUUCAUCUUUCUGGGCAAACUCUAGGGGUGUCCAAUAGUACCAAAUACUUAGGGCACAUUAUCACAGACACGUUGGAGGAUGAUGCCGACAUGUUCAGACAGAGGAGAUUUCUCUAUGUCCAAGCUAACAUGUUGGUUAGAAAUUCCACCACUGCACAUAUGAUGUUAAAAUGUAUUUGCUUAGAGCCUACUGCACCGCUCUCUAUACAGCUCCACUCUGGGUGAAUUACAAGAAGGAGAGCUUGCGUAAAUUGAAAGUAGCCUAUAAUGACUGUCUUAGGAUAGAAAGAAACCCAGGAGUACUAGAGCCAGUCAGCUGUUCUGUAAUAUGGGUCUAACCACCUUCAUGGCCUUGCUGAGGAACCUUCCUUUUAAGUUUAUGAGUCGGCUGGACUGCUCUACAAAUUUUAUAAUUGAUCUGAUGACAGACCGCAGCUCUGUCAAGUACACAUCUAAGAUCUGGGAACACUGGCAUGAGUGCCUUUUUUAGCCCUUCUUUCCUUGUAUAUUUAUAUGUAUUUAUGAUUGUAUGUAUUUAUGUAUUUAUAUGUAAUGUAUUGAUUAUACUGUAUGUAUUGUGCAUCUUCCAUGUGGGCCUUGAGCCUGUAUUUAAGUUUAAUAAUUAUUAACCAUCAGUAUAAUCACCAGUGUGGAUAGAACAUUAACUUUUGUCCAUAUAGUGUAGCCGCGCGUGAUUGUGGGGCCCACUCUAAUCUGAUCAAAAUCAAACAAUCAAAAACGCAAAUAAACUUUCGAAAACCAGAAUAAUUAAAUAACUAAGAAGUUACAUAAGAGUUGUUAUAAACAGCACUCUCACACUUAAAAUUCGGAAGGAAUUCUCUACAACGAACGAGUCUGACCUUGCGGUAAAGAGAACAAUCUAACCUUCAAGAAGUUUCACCUUGAAUGUAUAGUGCCACAAUACAUACAUUGGAACUUGGUGUAGUGCAUUUCUACAUGUGUUGGUUGGUUAGUUUCCCCUCAGAAGUAAACAACACGGCUGAAGUGAAAGCGAAAGUUUGUGACCUAGGUUAUGAUUUCCUGGCUGCUUUGUGCAGUGUUGAAGUAGACUAACUUAAAAUCCCCAAUGGUUUUGAUGUUUAAUGGUCUUCUUCCCGUGUUGUUUUUCACAGCUGUAAGCUGUAGCUUGCAGUCUAUACACGGGGUUCGUUGGCAACCAUGUCAGUUUAUAGACGAACAUGCUGUGCGCAACGAGAAAGGACAAAUGGAAACAAAAUAUAUACAUCGAGAUGCCGGGCUGCAGUUCGGCCAGCUCGGAGACAGUCUUGUGCACCCAGAAUUAAUAACCUUCCUUGUCACAGCAUCUAAGGUGGACAUGCGACGCUACGUUAAAGACGAAGUGGACACUAUUCAAUGCGAGGUCCGCAGGUACAGCACGGGCGGGUUUCAGAAGCGCUGGCCUGGCAUGGGAGCCCAGGAACAGGACCUCUGGUUUGCCUGCACACUGCGCCAUGCAGAAGGCCUUUUUGUGAUCACUACUUUCCUCAGACAUAGUCCCAGUAAUCCCAAUGCUCUUCAGCCAGACUUUCAACACUGGACUCCUGUUACAGAUAGAGACACUGUCAGCACCACAGCUGUAAUGAUGGUGUUGAGCAACACCCCCUCUGUGGAGAUUGGGCUGCUGAAAGAGCAGACCCUGAACUGUGAGUUUGCUCUAGACCACAAGUCACCCGGCCUUACUGUGGAGUGGCACCUGCAGCGCAUAGGUGACCGCUCCAAGCUCUUCACCUACGACAGCGGGGUCUCUAUGAAGGCCAUCACCAGGGGUGACGCGUCUCUCAAGAUCAACUCAACAAAGCUCACCAGUGAGGGCACCUACAUGUGUGUUGUGCACGUGCCUCCACUCUAUGGCAGCCAGGAAAUUGCCCUGCAUAUCAUGGAGCCUCCCCGUGUGUCCCUCAGUGUGAGCUCUGAGGUGUCUCUGGUUGUGGGUGGAGAGCAGAAGGUGGUGUGUGAGGCGGUAGGCUACUACCCCCUGGACGUGCACAUGGAGUGGCUGAAGAAGUCUCUGUCGCCAGGAGCAAGCCGCAUGCCCGAGGUGCUAAAGGUUGACAUGUACUCCAGCCACCGCCGCCACCAGGAUGGCACCUACUCCGUCUCCGCAUUCUUCCUGCUACAGCCCACCCUCCAGGACUCUGGGUACCGCUACACAUGCAGAGUGUCUCACGUCGCUCUACGAGUGCCCAUCAGAAAGAGCUUUACCCUCAGUGUCACAGAGGAAUAUUCAGUUAUGUGGUACAUAUUCCUUAUUGGGCUGCUUAUGCUGGCUUUGCUGUGCUUCAAAAUACUUGCAGAAAGACAAGCACGUAAGAGCAAACCUUAUUGAACACACCAGAGGAAGAUACCUGCAUCUGCAGAUACCUGCUAGCUCUAGAACAGGACUAGUCCUGAUCUGACACAGACAUGUAUGCUACAUCAGAGGAGGAUCUAUUCAAGUUCUACCACCCAACCCAAGACCCAACUCUUCCUAACUUGCACUUCCUCUCCCUUCCUCUUCCUUCCUCUACCUCUCCUUAUCUUUCCUCUAAUUCUAUCUCCUCUAACUAGUACUUAACUCGCACUU